AUGGAGAUGCAGAUGGGCGAGAAGAUUAGUGAACGUUUAGCUGGACGGGUGCUUUUGAAACAUAGCAACGUGAACGAUUUGCAAAGGGAGCUUUUGAUGCUGCGAUCUCCCAUUUUGCGGACGUUUGAGGAUAUUGCUAAUUUGUUGAGAACUUUGGACCGUCCGGAGAUGCUCAAUAGAGCUCAAGGGUCUAUCAAGAACUAUGCCACCUUCCAUGACUCCAAUGAUGCUCAGGUAGAUGGGGAGGCCCAUGAAUAUGACGAGAAUCAUGAUGAGCAGGGCAAUCCUUUCAUCUACUUCGAGGACAAGGACUUUUCUGAACAGGAGUCAAUGGAAAUCAUGGAAUACCAUUCUGCUUACCGAGAUGUUCGACGUGAACUGCAAAAACGUCGCAAUGAGCGAGGCUUUGUGAAAAGAGGCAGAGAUGGUGGUGGAAAACCAAGGGGAAAGGCAGCCCGGUUGGAUGAUGAAUCAGUGCCAUGCAGAGUGAUGAUUUUCCAUGCAGUCCAAUGCCAACCUUUCGAAGCUUUGGUUGACACCGCGGCAGAGGAGGCAGUGAUUGGACAUCGAGCGAUGGAACGCUUGGAGAAUGAGUUGGCUCAGAAAGGACUUUGUGUGCUUUGGCAACAACAUGGACCUCUUCCUGGAGCUGGUGGCAUUGGAGGUGCGGCAAAGGUGAAGGGGACAGCUCAUGUUCCAAUUGGAGUGGCCAAAACUAAUGGGGCACUUCAUUUCACUGUUUUGCAAGAUGGAGCUGAUCACCAAACACCACCCAUGUUACCCAUCAGUUGGCUGGAGAGCGUAGGAGCCAUGGUAGAUUGCAAGCACAACCAACUCAUUUUGGAAAAUGGAGGAUCCACAGACAUGCGGCGAUUGCCGACCAAGCACAGGGCUAUCAACAUCAUGGAGUUUGCUGAUGAAGGUUGGGAUUUGCCCCGAGACCUUCGCAGAGAUCCAGAUGUUGAUCCUUUUCUACUGCCGUAA